AUGAACGGCAACAACAAGCUUGCCUCGGUUGAGAACCUGAUGGAAAAGUUCCAUGUCUAUUCUGAUCAAGGAAACAAUCAAAAGGCAAAGGAAACUUUGCAGACAGCGUUGGAGAUACAGACGACAAAGCUAGGUGACGAUCAUCUUGCUGUGGCCAUGAUACUCCAUCACCUUGGAAUUGUUCUGAAAAGGGAAGGAAAUUCCGAUGAAGCAUUGGAGAGUCUCAACAGAGCACUCGCGAUACGUGUGAAGAACUUGGGGGAAAAGCAUUUUGAUACAGCAAAAACUUACGAGUCCAUUGGCAGACUGUUUGUGGAACAAGGCAACCACGAAAAAGCCGAAGAAAUGUUCCAGAAAGCGGUGGAUAUCAGUCUCGAAAUUUUGCCACACGAUGAUUCUGAUUUGAUGAAUCUAUACCAACUUCUAGCGCUAUCAUUGCAAAUGCAAGACAAGUAUUCAGAAGCAACCAAGAUACAAAAAUCAAUACUUGGGACACUACUAGAAACGCAUGGAGAAGACCAUUUUGCUGUUGUGAAAUCAUACGUUGGCAUUGCACGGUUGUUGGUAAAGGAGAAUAGGUUUGAUGAUGCUCAUCAGAUGCUUGAUAAAAGCAUCGAAAUUUGUUCUCGACUACAAGCACUGGGAGACUUCGAUGCAACUAUAUUGGCAGGGGCGCUAGGCUACAAAGCACCGCUGCUGGAAGUACAAGGCGACUGGGAAGGUGCUAUGGAGUUGUUUAACAAAGUUAUAGUGAUACAACAGGAAGAGGUUGGUGAAAAGCACCGCUUAACAGCACAGGCCUACGAAGCUCUUGCACUGGCAUAUGUCCGAAGAGGCAUGCUAGAAGAUGCGAUCAAGGUAUACGUGAAAUCCAUUACUAUUUGGAAAACAGUGCUUGUCAAUGGUCAUUCUAAAAUUAAGGAGGUAACGAAUGCCAUCAAAGUGUUUAAGCACACGAAAGCACUGAACGAGCAGGGACUAGCAAUGAAAGCACAAGGCGAUUUUGAAAAGGCAAUACAACUCUUUCAAGAGGCGCUGAAUGUUUGCAACAAAGCCAUGGGUGAUCUUCAUCCCCACAUGGCAAUUGUCAACGAAAAUAUUUCGUCUGUCAAAGUGGAACAGGGUUUGCUGGAAGACGCCAUUGCUGCAAGUGCAGAAGCCCUCAAGAUUCGUCGAAGAACACUUGGAGACGAUCAUAUUGACACGAAGAAGCGUAUGGAAGCUCACAGAUCUUUGCUGAAGCGUCUCUUGGAAAGUCCGAGUUACAACAUUUUAUUGCCGAUCGAAUGA